AUGAAUUCAAAUGGGUUCUUUUUCUUUAAGUUUGAAGAUAGAAAGGGAAUGGACGCUGUUCUUGAAGGGGGUCCUUGGAUGAUCCGUAACAAACCCUUGUUUCUCAACAUUUGGUCCCCUACAAACACCCUUAAAAAAGAAGAGUUGAAAAAGGUUGCAGUUUGGGUAAAGUUACAUGACGUCCCUCUAGUGGCUUAUUCUGAUGAUGGGUUAAGCAUGCUGGCUUUAAAAAUUGGAUCUCCUGUGCGGCUGGAUUCGUAUACUGUUGAUAUGUGUAAUGAGGCUUGGGGACGGAGCAGCUAUGCUAGGGCUCUCACUGAAAUAUCAGCUGAUCAGGAUUUGAAAGACACUGUAACCAUGGCUAUUCCUGAAUUGGAUGGAAACAAAUAUGUUACCGAGACUAUUCGGGUGGAGUAUGAAUGGGAACCUCCGAGAUGUACUCACUGCUGUGUGUUUGGGCAUGACUCUGAGGAAUGUCCUACACGUAUUGGCUCAACAUCCAAAACUCCUAUUAACAGGCCAAUAGUAGACGAGGAUGAUUUUACUGAAGUUCCGGUUAAGAAGAGUGCAAAGAAGAAUGGCUUUCAAGUUAAUAACCAGAAGCCUAAAUUUGAAUACAGAUCGGUGGAUAGGAAGAAAAAGGCCGCUACUUCUCAACAGGUUUCUACUUCCCAUAAAAUCCAAACUCAUAAUCCGUUUCCUGCUCUUGAGUGUGUUGGGAGACGGGGUGUUUCAACUCAAGAUAGAAAUAAAGGGGGUAGACAGGUUCAUGUGGAUUUAGAUGAGGACGGGGUUGAAGUUGUCUAUGAUGAAACCAAAGAUUCGGGUACAUAUCCUUCGACUCCUAGUACAGGGGCAAGCACCUCUUCCACAAAGAUCUCCAAUGGUUAG